GUUUCUCCUAUGCCGUCUGCAUGUAGGGUCAUUGGAAAACAUGUUUACUUGUAAAGAGGUCCGGAAUGCUCUCAAAAAUCUACCCCAUGGGGUGAAAAGUGCCUACGACGAAACAAUGAUCCGGAUCAACAAACUAGACAAGAAACGCCGCGAGCUCGCUUUGACGGCUAUUAUGUGCAUCACUUAUGUUCAAGA